AAAGCAUGUCAUUUCAAAGCAACCACCUUCCUAUACUGCAUGGCAAUAUUGACUGAGGCCAGGUCUAGUGAAAGUAGGAGGCGAGUGCACCUAUGUAGUUACAAAGUUACUCAUUGACUUGUCCUUCGCAACAUGAUUGAGGUGAACGCACCCUUUUCAGCCUCCAUUUUAUAGCAAAGGUGAAAACAAAUGUUCAGUGACAAUGCUGCUUCAAUGUGAGCUAUAAGGAAGAGGGUCAUAUCCGCACAUGAGUUUCAGGUACAUAUUGACCAGGCUGACCAGGAAGUAGGGAACCAUGGGGUCCUGGGGCCCCGGUCUGUGUGUGGUUUUGUGUUUCUGGGGAACAGUUAGUUGGAACACACUUCACGGUCACAUUGUUGGCCCGUGUACUGUCAAUACUGGCACGGCAUCAUUUAACUGCAGUUGGAGGAAACUGGCCCAUAUUCCAACAGAGAUAUGGAACAAUGCAACUGCACUGGACCUCUCUCAUAACCACCUGAACCUUACUAACCCUCAACACCUCAGACAACUACAGAGGUUGGAUCAGCUGGUUAACCUAAAUCUCUCAGGAAACUACCUCCCUCUGCUGGAGAAAGGCCACUUCUGCAGCCUGCCCUUCCUGCAGAUACUAGACCUCAGUGGUUGCCAACUGAUCUCCAUGGAGGCUGGAGCUCUGCAGGGUUUACCCAGGUUAGGGAAGCUGUUUCUGGGGCACAACAUACUGCAAGCCCCCCUGUCUGUUUCUGCUCAAACUAUAUCCUUCCUGGAUCUCAAUGGGAACCAAGAGCUUGACCAUGGCUCUGAUGAUACGUCGACAGGAAUUAGAAGACCAUUCCAUAGGAAACUGUUAGAGGUCAUUGAACAUCCCAGCCCAACUCCAGCUAACUCAAUGACUACAACUAAUGGCAGUGAUGAUGGUGGUCAGAGCCGUUUCUCCAAAAGCUGGCAGUACCUGGUAGCAGUACUGGUGUCGGCCAUCUCCCUCUCCCUCCUCAUCGCUGUCCUGGCCAAAUGCCAGCUGGUCCGCCGCUACCUGGCCAGUUACCGUCACACCCGGCUGAUCGAGGGGGACACAGCCAGCCAGUGUGACCCCAAUAGCCUGGAGGUAGGCUUCUCCAUGCACAACCAUGGGGGACAGGCACGGAGCCCCCACCCUGUUGCUGUCCCCCAGGGAGAGAUGUACAUGGAGGAUGAGGAGGAUGAUGAUGAUGGCUUCAUAGAGGACAACUACAUACAAGCCAGUGAGAGGGAGAGGGCUAAGAGGGCACUGGAACUGCAGGAGGAGGAGGAGGAUGACAUGGUAUUUUCCAUUGGCUAGAAGAGGUGGAAUGGGAGGGGAGAAAGAGGGGAGAGAGAAAUUAGAGAGAAAGACAGACAGACAGACAUACAUACAUACAUACAGAGAGAGAGAGAGAGAGAGGUCACUGUAGCCAAUUUGGACACUUGAUUAGGGCCAAUGCUGAUAUCAAAUAUAUGCAUGUUGUCAUGACGUUGGCCUGGGGGUAGGUUUAUGACAGUCAUAAAUACCUCUUCCCCCCUUUUUCUUCUCUCUACCCUACUGAUGUUACAUUUGCAAAACC